AUGGAGAUGUUUCCAGAUGCUAGAGUCAGCACAAUGGUGGCACUAUGUUCAGAUCAUAGACCAAUCCUUCUUGAGGAUACUAGUGGCAGGGGCCAGGGGUCCCAUUUCCAUUACCAGUUUAAAUACGAGAUGAAUUGGGCAAAAGAAGAUGGUUGCAAAGAAACAGUAGCCGAGGCCUGGCAAAGAGAAGUUCAACAUCAAAGGCAGAAUAGCAGGCUGCAAAAUAAACUAGAGUUGUGCAUCAGGAAGCUUCAGAAGUGGAGCAAGGAUCUAAGAAGGACUAGACUAGCAACCAUAAAACAGAAAACAGAAGAAAUAAAUCAGUUGCAAGAGGAAGAAAGAGCAGAUAACAUGAGUGACCUCAAGAGAUUACAAUAUGAGGUUGGUUUUUUGCUAGACCAGGAAGAGGCAAGAUGGAAACAAAGAGCCAAAGUUCAUUGGCUGACAAAAGGGGAUAGAAAUACAAAGUUCUACCAUGCAUGUGUCAACCAAAGAAGGAAAAAGAACAACAUAAAACAGAUCGAGGAUGGUGAGGGGAGAAUGUUGAGUUCAAAGGAAGAGGUGGCAAUCGGGUUCUGGCUCCAUUUCAAACAGGUGUAUCAAUCAGGUAAUCCAUCUGAAAGAACCAUACAGCAAUGCUUGAAUGGUGUAAGACAUAGGAUCUCACAACACAAGAGGGAGCAAAUGGAUAGAGAGUUUACAUCAGAAGAAGUCCUGGUAGCUCUUAAACAAAUGUCCCCUUUCAAGUCACCAGGGCCAGAUGGGUUCAGUGCAGGAUUCUUUCAAGACCACUGGGAUAUAGUGGGCUCUGAAGUGGUGCAGGCAGUACUGAACUUUUUUAGAACAGCUGAAAUGCCUACAGGCCUAAACCAUACUCUUAUAGCUCUUAUUCCCAAGACAAGUACCCCUAGAUCAGUAAAUGAAUACAGGCCCAUCGGCUUGUGCAAUGUGUGGUACAAAUUAAUUUCGAAAGUCUUGGCCAAUAGGCUGAAAUUUGUGCUGCAAGAUAUCAUAUCUUGGAACCAGAGUGCAUUUCUACCUGGUAGGCUAAUCACUGACAACAUAAUGGUUGCUUACGAGCUCUUACACACUAUGCAAGCCAGACAAAAAGGCAAAGAAGGCAGCAUGGCCAUCAAGCUAGACAUGUCAAAGGCAUAUGAUAGGGUGGAGUGGGGCUUUCUUCAAUCAAUGCUAUCUAAAUUGGGAUUUAGUGACAAGUGGAGGAAGCUGAUUAUGGUGUGUGUGGAAUCUGUCUCUUACUCAGUAGUGGUGAAUGGGACACCUGGAGCUGUAUUCCGGCCUACAAGAGGAUUAAGGCAAGGGGAUCCUCUUUCCCCUUACCUUUUCCUGCUUUGUGCAGAAGGACUAAGCUCUCUUUUAAAGAAUGCUGAAGUAAGGGGUCUCAUUAAAGGAGUAGCAGUCACAAGGGGGGGCAAAAGAAUAAAUCACCUUUUGUUUGCUGAUGAUUGCGUGAUGUUCUGCAGAUCCAAGUUAGAAGAAUGGUUAGUUUUAGCUCAUUUGCUAAAAGUCUAUGAGGAAGCAUCAGGGCAAACCUUGAACAGACAGAAAACCUCCAUUCUUUUCAGCUCAAAUACAAGGCCCGAGGUAAAAGCAUGCAUCCUUCAACAAGCUGAGGGUGUAGUAUGUGGGAAUUACAACAAGUAUCUCGGAUUGCCUAGUGCCUACCACGCUAAGCAAGGAUGGAGAAUUAUACAAGAACCUGCUUCAUUGCUGGCUCAAGUUUUCAAAGAGAAAUACUUCAAGACAGGCAACCUAAUGGAGGCUCGAGUAGGCUACUGCCCAUCACAAAUAUGGAGGAGCUUAAUGUCAGUAAAGGAUCUGAUAAAGACAGGGCUGGUGUGGAGAGUUGGCAAUGGAAGAAGCAUUAAAAUAUGGAAAGACAAAUGGGUGCCUAUACCUUCUACAUUUAAAAUUCAAACACCAAACAAGAUAUUGGACUGUAAUGCAACUGUCAGUGAGCUCAUUGAAGAUGAAAGCAAAACCUGGAAAAAAGAACUGGUACAAGCAAUCUUCAGUCAAGAGGAAGCCAAGAGAAUUUGCAGCAUUCCUAUCAGUGUAAAAAGGAUGGAUGACAAAAUGAUAUGGGGACUGUUAGAAAAAGGGACAUUUACAGUAAAGAGUGCCUAUCAUGCAGACUUGGGGAUCAAGAACCAAAAUAUGGGAGAAACUUCCAGUGGAGAUCAAAGCAAAGGGCUGUGGGGGAGGCUGUGGAGAUUAACAAGCUCGGGCAAGGUGAAAAUAUUCCUAUGGAAGGCUCUCAAUGGCAUACUUCCCACGAGGAGUAUCCUCUUCAAGAGAAGGGUUACUGAUAACUCAACAUGCCCCAUGUGCAGCAGAGAAGAAGAAACUGACAUACAUGUGCUUUGGGAUUGCCGUACAGCAGCAGAUGUUUGGGGCGAGGACUGCAGUCCAGUCAGAAAAUGGGGAAGGAGCUUUGGUGACUUCACAUCACUGUGGUCUGAGCUCCAGUCUAAGUUAGAGGAAGGGGAACUCCACAUAGUAGCUGAGGUGUUUUAUGGCCUGUGGAGGAGAAGGAAUGCUAUGGUUUUCGAAGGGAAAUUCAAGGGGCCAUGCGUGUUGAUCCAACAGGCAGUGAGAGAUGCAGAGGCAGUUACAUCGGCUCAUGAAAAACCAAGAGAGAAUCAAACAAGGCUAGUAGAGACAGUGAGAACCGUAUGGAAACCUCCAAGCCAAGACUAUCUGAAGGUGAAUGUAGACGCAGCAGUGGAUUCUAAAAGAGGAAAGGUGGGAAUUGGCGUUGUAGUGAGGGACUUCAGAGGAGAGGUGCAUGUGAUAGUUGCUGCCCCCAAACAACUAACAAGGAAUGCUAGUGCAGCAGAGAGUCAGGCUAUGCUUAGAGCAAUUCUUCUGUGCACUGAACUGGGACUCACUCGGGUGCAGUUGGAGGGUGAUGCAAAAGUGGUAGUGGAUGCAAUCAACUCCAGACCUUUCAACUCAUCUUGGGAUGGACAGUUUGAGUUCUCGGCGGAUGUUAUCGCCGACUUACUCCAGAUUCCUCGGAUACUGCCUGAGGCGACAGCUGCUCAAGCUGGUGACACAGCAGCUGCAUUUGCUCCUGGCCCCUUUGAGGUAGAUCUAGCCACUUCUGCUUCAUCUACGGGCCCCGUUCACACUAUGCCCAGUGAACAGGGAGAUCGGCCCAAGGGCGAUGAUAUUGCUCCUGAGGCGGAUGAGAUGAUACUAAACCAGAUGAGCCCCAUCAACAUGACCACACACCAUCGGAGCAUUGCACAGGGGAAAGGCUCAGCUCGACAUUAUGCUGCUCCUAUAUCAGAUCUUGUUCCUCCGACCGAGGUUGGGGCUAGUGUUGCUCCCUCGUCUGCGAUUACUAGUCAGCAGCCGGCGACUACAUCUGUAGGGGAUGUGCGACCUGCUUGGUGGGGUUCUCAUGGAUUUGUAAAGGAGAAAUCAGUUUGGGUUCUCACUGCAUUCAAAGGACAAUCAUAG